AUUGAUGCAAAUGACUGAGGUGGGAAACACUGGAGAGGCCAGCUGGAGCCGAGGACGAACCCAGUGGAGGUCGGUCCAGACAUAAACCUAAAUCUUUUGCUGUCAUUGGUUUGGGUUUUUGAGGGAGUCCAGAUGGCUGCGACCACAGAGGCCCCGGAGCCCUGGUACCUCGCCCUGCUGGGCUUUGCGGAACAUUUCCGCACAUCGAGUCCACCGAAGAUCCGACUGUGCGUCCACUGUCUGCAGGCAGUGUUUCAGUUCAAGCCGCCCCCGAGGGUCGAGGCCCGGACUCACCUCCAGCUGGGUUCGGUGUUGUACCGACACACAAAGAACAGCGAACUGGCACAGACGCACCUGGAGGAAGCGUGGUUCAUCUCUCAGGAAAUCCCUCAGUUUGAAGAUGUCAAGUUUGAAGCAGCAAGUAUUCUGUCAGAGUUCUACUGCCAACAGAACCUGGUGGACUCUGCGAAGCCAGUGCUGCGGAAUGCUAUUCAAAUCUCUCAGCAAACUCCCUACUGGCACUGCAGACUGCUUUUUCAGCUGGCACAAUUACACGCAUUAGAGAAGGAUUUGGUAUCUGCCUGUGACCUUCUGGGAGUCGGAGCCGAGUAUGCAAGAGUCAUGGGAUCAGAGUACACAAGAGCCCUGUUUUUACUAAGUAAAGGAAUGCUGCUGCUGAUGGAGCGGAAGCUGAGUGAGGUGCAUCCUCUGCUCUCACUGUGUGGAACCAUCGUGGAGAAUUGGCAGGGAAACCCCAUUCAGAAGGAAUCCCUUAGAGUUUUCUUCCUGGUGCUGCAAGUUACACAUUACCUGGAUGCUGGACAGGUGAAGAGUGUGAAGCCAUGUUUGAAGCAGCUGCAGCAGUGUAUCCAAACCAUCUCCACUCUCCACGAUGAUGAGAUUCUCCCCACAAAUCCAGCUGCUCUCUUCCACUGGCUCCCCAAAGAGCACAUGUGUGUGCUGGUUUAUCUGGUGACAGUGAUGCACUCGAUGCAGGCAGGAUACUUGGAGAAGGCACAGAAAUACACUGACAAAGCUCUCAUGCAGUUGGAGAAGCUGAAAAUGCUCGACAGCAAUCCUAUUCUGUCCUCGUUCCAAGUCAUCCUGCUGGAGCAUAUCAUAAUGUGCCGACUGGUCACUGGACACAAGGCCACGGCAUUACAAGAAAUUUCUCAGGUUUGCCAGCUUUGCCAACAGUCUCCUAGGCUGUUUACAAAUCACGCUGCCCAGCUUCAUACACUAUUGGGGCUCUACUGUAUCUCUGUGAACUGCAUGGAUAACGCUGAGGCUCAGUUCACUGCUGCUUUACAGCUGACAACACAUCAGGAGCUGUGGACGUUCAUUGUCACUAAUUUAGCUAGUGUUUACAUCCGUGAAGGCAACAGACAUCAAGAGCUAUACAGUCUUUUAGAGAGGAUUAAUCCUGAUCACAACUUUCCUGUCAGCUCUCACUGUCUACGAGCAGCAGCUUUUUAUAUCAGAGGACUCCUUUCUUUCUUCCAGGGACGUUACAAUGAAGCCAAACGAUUUCUGCGGGAAACCCUGAAAAUGUCAAAUGCUGAGGAUCUUAACAGACUAACAGCCUGCUCACUGGUGCUACUGGGCCAUAUCUUCUUUGUGCUGGGAAACCACAGGGAAAGUAAUAACAUGGUGGUUCCUGCCAUGCAGCUGGCCAGCAAGAUCCCAGACAUGUCCGUGCAGCUUUGGUCAUCUGCACUUCUCAAAGCAGAUCUGAACAGAGCGUGUGGAAACACCAUGGAUGCCCAUGAAGCAGCUCAGAUGCACCAGAACUUUUCCCAGCAGCUCCUGCAGGACCACAUCGCUGCCUGCAGCCUCCCUGAACACAAUCUCAUCAGUUGGACAGACGGACUCCCUCCUGUGCAGUUUCAACCUCAGAACGGACCCACCACCAGUCUGGCCAGCCUACUCUAAGAGUAAACGUCCAGUGGCCGCACAGAAGAUGAGCAGGGGAACAAAAGGAAGCAGCUGUUGAAGGGUAUGAUGAAGAAAAAGACGAUCAUGAAAUCGGAAACUGAGUGCACCACUGUGUUAUUUGGCAGAUUUCCAUUUAGUUCAUUCCUUGUCUGGUUUGGAGCACUGGGGCAUCGAGGCUGGAUUUUAAUUAAUUGAAGGUUUUUGCGAAGCGUACAUUGUUGUAGGCGUAUUUUUAUUACACUGACACACUUUGGAGCGGUUGUUGCGCUUUGUGCUACUGGGUCAACACGAGCAAAUGAAAACUGUUUCAUUUGCCCUGCUCCCCUCAUUUGGCUCAUACUGAACUCCAUUUUAAAAGAAGUUAUGGAUGAACUUGAGGACAAAUGUUAAGGGAGGCGUGAUUUGUCUGUUCAGAGUAUUGAUUGGAUAAUUGGAGUUACAGUAUUAGGAUGCAUUUGAAAACACAGUUUAUUAUAUAGCUAUAAUGAUUUGAAUACACUGUAGUCACUGUUUGAUGUGUGUUUGGUUGAAUGGGCAGCUGCAUAUGUAGUUUAUUUAUAUACUUGGAACCAUUUUAUAUGCUUGACAUCCAAUAAUAAUGAUACUAUGUUAAGUGUACUUUAAACAUGUUUUGCAGCUGAUGCAUCAGAAAUGUAUUUGGAUAAUGUUUGACACUAUUGUCUGACUGCUCUUCCCUUUAGAUUUUUACCUUUACACUCUCACUGUAGUGUAUGCGUAUAGGUCGUGCACACUUUGCCUGAAGACAAGAAAUCAGUAUCUAUCCAGUAAUUUCUACUCAAUAAACGUGACUGUUAGCUCUUUGCACAUAUGUAGUUUCAUAAUGAAACAAACACUUUUAGUUCUUAAUGUGAUAUUUAAAAUUCUUCUCUCACUCAGUUUUACUCAUUUACCCAUAUUUUUCCACAUGAUGGCAGUGUAAAUCUGUACUUGGAUAACUUGAAUUAUUUAAUGUUGGUUUUCACUGUACAAGAUGCAUUUAUUCAUUACCUUUAAUACUGAUUAUCAUUUUGAUACAUUGUAAGAAUUAUUGUAUGAGCCAUAAAAAUGUCACUUUAUUUGUAUUAAAGUAGGAAAGGUACAUUGAAUUCAUAUUUUUCUUUGUUAAAUUUAUUUCUGUGCUGAUUAAAAAGUUACAUUAAGACAAGCCUCUGAUUUUGGUUAUUUGACUAUGAUUUAUUGUACCAUAAACUAAGUAUGGAUGUCAUUUAUUUUAAUGGAAAGUAUGUAUGUUAUACAUUACAAUGUCUGAUAUGUGUUUUUUUUUUUUUUUUUAUCAUUGUCAUUUUAUCUGUGCUUCACUAACACAUUCUACAACUUUUUAUAAAUAAAUAUUUUAAAAAAGAA